UAGGGAUGUGCACCGUAUCCGUAAUAUGGUGGAUACGUACGGCACAUAUGGAUAUGGGUCCGUACCGUUGCGAGUGCGAGACUGCAAGGUACCGUACGGUUCACGGUACGGUGAGUACCCAUAACAACCGUACGGGACAAGCCGUUACGGCCGUAUACGGCAGCUGCAACUAAUAUGAAACCGAAGCCACUUUUGGUACUCCCUUUCCGCUCUCUCAUCUGAAAAUUGCUUGCCACGGUAAUCUGUCGAGUGUUUCAACUUAAAUAAUUCAACCUGGUACAAGGUACGCCAAUUACCUGACCAACCUACUCCAAUGAGCCAUGCAUAGUCCCCCUCUCUCUAUGACAAUUUGCAUUUGUCUCAGCAAUGUGCAAGUUCCCGUCGUCAAUCUGUUUUUUUACAAAUCAAACCAGUACCGUAUCACCUGGCACGAUGCAACAAACUCCAGAGUAUUAGAUGUGCAUACCUCACUCAUUCCUUGCUUAGGUUCCCAUUGUUGUCCACACUCACUGCCACUCUUACGAUACAGACCACCAAAAUGACUUUGCCCACGCGAUUCAUGAACACAAGAUGUUAGAUCUUCUUUUCUCUACAUGGAGACGACAAUGACUAUUAGUAUUAUGCUGCGGAGAGCAUGCAGGUCUUUUGAGUGUAUUCUAUGACCGUAAUACGGCCGUUACAUCCGUACAUAUACCCGUACGUACCGUGAAUCUCGCUUUUCUUGCUCCUACGGUAUGGACACGGUCCAUCCGUAUCCGUAU